UACGUCCGGGUCGUCCGUACGGUGUCAGCGAUGCUCGGAAGAGGCGAGUGGAAAGGAGCGCCGUCCGAAAGUGCGCACGAUCCCUUUCGGAACUGCUAGCCGCAAGUAGGCUAGCGUGAAAGCGAUCCGCUGAUUAUGCUGUCGUGGUACUUUGAUAAACCCGUCUAGGCGGGACCGCGCCAAGUUGUAACUAUGCACCGGUGAAAGGCACGAUUCGGGCUGCUGAGAUGUUUUCGAAAAGCAUGAGAAUGCUGCUUGCGGUACGACUUAGCGUUGCAGUGGUUGCAGUGCUGCUAGCAGCCGUUGUCGCUGCUGAAGACAAGUGCCCCGUCAAUGCAUGCGGCCAAAAUAGUUGGCCCAACGGCCGGCCCCAGCCUCAAGUGUCGGCGCGCUUGUAUGGCCCUGGGCUUCGAGGAGACUUCAACCUUCCAGCCAGAUACUUUUUUGUGCACGUCGUUGACGCUAGCGGCAACAACUUUACAGCAGUAUCCUCGACGAAUCUGAGUGUGUCCAUCACGGGAACCAGCAGCCACUGCAGCAUUUGGGCCCAGGUCCUGAAUCGAAGAGACGGACUUUUCAUUGUUCGCUACAAACUCUUUAAAAGUUGUCCAGAAGCACAAGUGGAGGUCAGCUUCAAUGGAUCUCCCCUCACGGAGGCGCCAGUUUUGAUCAAAGGACCUCUCCACCAUGAUGCUUGCAGUUGUCCUGUUUCUUUUGACAAGUGGCUGUUGCAAACAAAAUGUCCAACAGUGGAUCCUCAAAUCCUUAAGGAUCUUGCACGGUUUGAAGAGAUAGACAUGAAGAAGAUGCUUCGUGAAGCCCUUCGUCGAUUUGACCGUCCUGGUUCUGUUAGCUUUUGCCAUUAUGCUGUUAUUAAAAACGAGGUCUACCGAAAGUGCUAUGGGCAACAUGUUGGGUUCAACAUGUUCAUGGACCAGAUACUGUUGUCCCUUGCUAGAAAGGUGCGUCUUCCGGAUGUUGAAAUGCUUGUAAACCUUGGUGAUUGGCCACUUGAGCAAAGGAGCCACACUGGAGUCCACAUUCCUUUCUUUUCAUGGUGUGGCUCAAAAAGCAGCACCGAUAUUGUUAUGCCCACCUAUGACAUAACAGAAUCAUCCCUGGAAAUGAUGGGCAGGGUGACUCUAGAUAUUCUUUCUGUGCAAGGGAACAGUGGGCCAGCUUGGAAAGAGAAACGCCCAUGUGGGUUCUGGCGAGGUCGUGACAGCUGCCCUGAACGCCUUGACCUUGUGUCUCUCUCUCGUCGUCAUCCGGACCUACUAAAUGCUUCCCUCACAAAUUUUUUCUUUUUUCGAGACAAGAUGGAUAUAUAUGGUCCACAGACCAGCCACGUCUCCUUCUUUGAUUUCUUUGAGCACAAGUACCAAAUCAACGUGGAUGGCACUGUGGCUGCUUACCGGCUUCCUUACCUUCUGGCUGGCUCUGGUUUGGUGUUGAAGCAAGAAUCUGAGUAUUAUGAGCAUUUCUACUCGCGCCUCGCUCCCAUGGUGCAUUAUGUGCCUUUUCAACACAACCUUACUGACCUAAUCGAAAAGCUGACUUGGGCACGUAGCCACGAUGAUGUUGCACAAGGCAUUGUCAAGGAAGCCCAACAGUUUGCAUUGGAUCACCUCUUACCACACCAUGUGUUCUGUUAUCAUGCACAGCUUUUCCAAGAAUACUCACUCAAGCUAAAGCGACGUGUCAAAGUUGCUGAAGGCAUGGAACACGUGGCUCAACCUCAUAAUAAGCAUCCAUGUGAAUGUGGAGAGCAGCAGGUAAAGAGGAACCACAAUGAGUUAUAGCCAAAGAUACUACAUUGACCAAAAGGAACAGCAUUUAUCUCUGAAGUGGAGCUGUAUUUUAUGGCAUUUAGCACAAAAACAAGUGUACAAAUUUCGUGCAGAUUGCAUGUACAGAGAACAUGCAAAUACAUGCAGUUAGACAGUAUCCUCAAACGAUGUGCUGACACAUUUUCUGAGUUAUAGUAUUUAGUAAGAAUACUGUAUGUAUUUCUUUUGGAUGUACUUGCAGAAGCAUGGGAAGCUAGUGUGUCAUGGCAUUAUGAUGCAUUCACUACGUACUAGGUACAAAGACAGAGUUAAAGAAAUAAGUGUCGUUUGGCAUCUUCGAUGGUUUCUAUGAUCCUCUGAAUACCACUGGAGUGAUUCUGGAGGCACUGUGGGUCCAAGUGAGAGAUAUAUCUCUUACACCACCUGAAUGGCCAUCUGCUUUCUGGAGCAGUGAGGGAGGAGGAAGCGAAAAAUUAGGGGAACUUCUUGUAAUGCAGUGCCACUGCUGGUUGCGUGACACUGGUAAUAAUCAUUGUUGCUGUGAAAAGGAUUAGCACAACCACAGAAAUGUGCACAACCAGCAGAACGGGCAGAUUAAAGCUGGGCAAGUUGGUACGAAUUAAUGAUGAAAAACAGCCUCUAAAGACGAUGGAUGGAUUGAAAAGAAACAGCGCCUGCCCUGUUUUCUUUUCAGCCUGUCUGUGUUCUUUAUGCACUGUUUUUCCUCAGGAACGGGUGGAGUCUUGAAAGUGGUAAUGGAAUAGGUUUUUGGGCUGCUCCAGUGGUAAUACAUCUGCUGGGAGCCGAUUUGGAGUUGUGUAAUUGGUAAAUACUAUUUGGAGUGCCCCUCUUCGACCAUACAAGACUGGCCCUUUGGGACCAUUUUAGAGUGCUCAAGAAUGACCAUCCGAAGAUGCCAACAUUGAAUUAUUAAGUACCUUCUGAUGCUUGGCUGUAUCUUUUUUAUUUUUUCUUAUUUUGGAGUUUAGAGGGCUUAGUAUGUCAGUUAGUUGAUGAAGGUGUGAUGUCACUCCUUUUUUAAAAAAGCUGUUAUGCCUACGUAUCCAUAAAUAUAGCAGUCUUCAUGCUGCAAAAUUAAGUGUGUAUAAGCUCUUUUCUGGUAGAAUACUCAGUGGUGUUGGAUGCCAAAUGUAAUUCAGCCAUGUGAGUAGAGUGGUUUUCAGCAUAGCUAGUGAAAUUUGGGUGAUGUCUUGAUACUUGAAUGGGAGCCAUAUUUUGUUUGUAGGGCAGGCAUGCAAACCUUAUUGUUUGUUAUUCAGCCAUGUGUCAUGCAUUUCUCACCUCACUGCAGACUUCAAAGAUAAGGCCUUCAGUGGGGCAGCAACUAAAGUAGCUCCAUUUUAAUGACAGUCUUGCUUAUAUUUAAAUGCACAUUUGCCUUGACCACCUAUUCCAAGAAAUGUGUGCAGAAAUUACUACUGUACUGGAUUUGACUGUUACACUAUAGAAUCUUUUUUGUUACCCUUUAGCGGUGCCUGCAUAACAAUACAAGUUCAACGGAAAACUAUUGGCACUGCUUGGAAAUCCUUAGAAUUGGUGUCCUUCAUUCUCCCCCUCUGUCUGUCUCUCUCUCAACAAAGCUUUGUGAUAAUAUGGGUGUUCUUUUGCUGAAGACAGGAAUUGCUAAGAUUGAAUACAGUGCAUCAUAAAAAGUUUUGUCUGCACAAUACUGUUGCAAUGUCUGUGCAGCUCUCUAUUCAUGUUGCCAUUUAGACUCAGUUGCCGAGUAAGCUGAUGCACGAAAUUGCACUUAUGUGCAUGGUGAACAGGCUGCUGUAGUGUGUAUGCUUACUUAUGUACACCAACAAAAGACACUUGUUUCUAGUAUACUAAUUGCAUGCAAUGGAAGGAAAGGUAACGUAAGCAUAAUCCCUACCAUAACUCUGAAUUUGUAGGGGCCCUUGAUAUUUCUAGUUGCAGUGACAAUACUGAUCUUUCAAAAUCCUAUGUUCUUGAGGUGCACUGCAUCAUUGUUUCUAAAAAUAUUUGUGCUAUUUUAGCUGUCAUUGUUUAAGGAAAUUGUGUCUGAAGGUUUGGAGCUUCAUUCUGUGAUCAGCUGCUUUCCGCUGCAACUUUUUCUUUUUAAGAUAACAAGCAACACAUUUGCCAAUAAACUUCUUGCAAAUAUAACUAAACCCUAAAGGAUGAUGCUACUCGAAGACGUUUUUUCAAAAUUGUAUAAUCUAGAGCAAUAAAACUGUGGCUGUUCAUUGUUUUUUAUGCUUAUUUGAAGUAUGUAAUCAGUUUUUUAGGCAGUUGCAUAGCUGUCGUUCUGUACCGUGAAAAUGUGUAAAAUGUAGGCUUUUUGCCCUCACUUUUUCUGAAUUUUCUGCUUUUUCCAUAAGUGCCAACUAUUCAUGGCUCAUAUUCCUCUGCUUAAACUGUAGAAUGCUAUAAACUUGCGAAAAAGCAUAUGACAAAGGUGAAAAAUUAGAACCUCGGAAGUCUUAAAAUUUUCACAUCCCAGGAAAUUAAUAGAGUUUUAGAAUUUAGCAUGCAGACCUUGCAUUGCUUGGGUCUACCGUCCGUACUAUCCAUAAUAAAGAACAUCUGUACCAUCCAUAUUAGCGUAUGACACAUGUACAGUGUCACCAAAUGAGAGCAGUACUGUAUACAAGCUUGUUUUUACCCACUCUGUCACCUACCUUUCAUGAAAACUUGCCAGGAACUGCACCUCGAGAAAAAAACAUGCUUUAAAGGUAAAAUUGAAAGUUUAUUUGUAAAGUAUGCUUAUUUGUUAUUUCAUGCUUCGAGGGAGCUUGGGCAACCAUGGUUAUUUUGACAAUGCACUUUUACUUAAAGAAUUCCUCACUCAGACUGCAACAUCGAGCUGCCACAGUGUGCGGUCUCUAGACAAUGCACACUUUCUUUAAAAGCUGCCUUGUCCAUUUUAAACGCUAUUUUAACCCUGUUCCAGUUAGUUUCAGCUUUGAUUGUUAUUGUCAGUAGAGUUAGAGAAAUUGAACAUGACCAAACAAGUGAAACAAAAAAAGUUUGCUCUUUUAGAAAAAAUCGAUGCUUUUCGAGUAGCACCAUUCUUUAUGAGCCAAUUUAGAAUGCCAACCUAUGAAAGAGAAGGCAGAGGGAGAGAAUAUAUAUGAGCGAUUUUGCGUGCCUUUACCUGCUCUGUCACCAAUUUUUUGACCAGGGUAUACAAGUAUCCCAUGGGAGAACUUCUCAGUGCCAUAGAUAGGCAGUAAUGCUUCUUUAACGUUCUGGUGGUGAUACGUGUGAUGAUUGGUUACAUUGGCAUAUGGAUAAACUUUAAUCAGUAUUUCUUUUGUAACAUUCUUGAUAUAUACAGGGUGUUCAGACUAGCAUGCAGAAAGUUUACAUAAAUAGAGAACCUAUGGCCGAAACACCGUGCACAAUAUUGAGAAAAAUGUGGAGAAGCUGAAAGGAUUUAUGAGACCAUAGUCAAUUAGAUAUUACAUGUACACCCUGUAAGUAAAGACUUGCCUCACCGUUCGACAGCACUUGUUUUUUGUAACUGUCAUUCCAAUGUGACAGUAUCAGUAAUUUUUAAUUUUUAUCCUCAGAAACAUGUACUUAAUGACCCAUAUCCUUGUUAAAAAAAAUUAUAUUGCCUUUAAAAAGAUUGUAUGCAUUUAUUUACAGCAAUGCUGUCAUUUUUGUAGCUCUUUUUUCCCACAUUGUAUUUCUGCAAUAGCUCAUUCAUGGCAGUGUAUUUCAGAAUGGCAGUUCUGCAACCACACAUGGUGUGAGUGGAAUAAUUCUUCCGUCAACAUAGCAGGGCAGGCCUUUAAAUGAAUUGUGCUGCCACUUUUAUUGGUGGUUUUCACUGCAUUUGUUCCAGUUACUGGUUUCAACAACAACAACAAAAGAAGUGAGAACCGUAAUUGUACUGGCUUUGGUUUUGCAUACUUAUCUUGUAGCGAACUAGUAUUGCACAUACCCUCUUCUAGGCAGGAAGCAAAACUGGUCAUCUCAAAUUCAACAAGUGCAAGAUGUAUGUGCCGUCACAUUCAUGAGACCACGGUGUCUGGUAUUGGAUACAUUUUGUUCAUCUACAGUGUGUGAAAGCGGUACUGCUGAGACUUACAAGUGAGCUUUGUUGGAAUUCUUUAUGUUGAGGGCCUUUGUUCGAACAUGUAAAAAGUAGUUACAGAAAACAUAUCAUGCUGUAGUUAAUCUCAUCUGAUGUAUUCAUUGGAGACCUAAAUGUGUUUUACUGAAACAUAAGCCAGUAAAUUGAUAUCCGGAGUUACCCAGCGAACCAAAAAAAUCAGAAUAAUCAAAAUACAAGGUACUGGUGAGGUGUGCACGAUAGUAAUAACUAACCACCGGUUUCAUUGACAUUGGAAGCAUAUCUCAGUCCCACUUUCUUUUUAACGUGGUGUACAUUCAUUGAGGCAUUUUAUAUAAAGACUCCUCCAAGUGGAAGUGUUUGCCAAAGACAACAAUUUUUGUUGUGUAUUAAGGUGUUGGGGACAUGUUUGUCAGACAUUUUUGUGUUGUCUGAAGUCAUCCAUGCAGUAAUUGCUUCCGCAGUGAUAUUUUCUAAAGCUCCAGAUUUUUGGCUGAAGGGUUGUGCUGAUGACCUUGAGUAUUACGUGCCCUAUUUCUCGCUUGCUUCACAAAAGGUACUGUGAUAUAGCAUAUUUGCAUGCUAUUUUAUUUAAAUAGCAUGACAUGCAUGUAUUUGUGAACAAAGCUUUGUAUUAUGUGAUUAUGGUCUGUGAGCAUUUGUUGCUUCAGUGCAUGAUAAGGUAUUGCUGUUUCUAUGUCUUCAUCUGUGACACAUGAAAAGUUUUCUUUAGAAACUAUUUUGAAUAAAUUGUUUGAUGUUGCUG